GAUGUGUCUGUUACUUGAACUCUAUGAAGCAUUUAUUUGGGCUGCAAUUUCUGAGGCUGGUAACUGUAAUGAACUUAUCCUCUGCAGCAGAGGUAACUCUGGGUCUCCCUUUCUUGUGGCGGUCCUCAUGAGAGGCAGUUUCAUCAUAGCGCUUGAUGGUUUUUGCGACUACACUUGAAUAAACUUUCAAAGUUCAUGAAAUGUUCAGCAUUGACUGACAUUCAUGUCUUAAAAGUGAUGAUAGGAUGUCGUUUCUCUUUGCUUAUUUGAGCUGUUCUUGCCAUAGUAUGGACUUGGUCUUUUACCAAAUAGUGCUCUCUUCUGUACACCACCCAUACCUUGUCAUAACACAACUGAUUGGCUCAAAUGCACAUCUGUUAAUUGAAUUGCAUUCCAGCCGACUACCUCCAUUAAGCUGGAUGAGAGAAUGUUAAGUGUGCAAAGCUGUCAUCAAGGCAAAGGAUGGCUAAUUUCAAAAUCUGAAAUAUAAAAUUUUCCAAAAGACUUUCCAAAAGAAAUUGGAUGUUGCACAUGUUUACAUUUGAAAUAAGUUCUAAUUAAUUCAAAUUCUUAGUCUCAUUUAAUGUAUUUAAUGUACAUGUUAGAUGGCAACAUGUUUCCUAAGUCGUAGACGACUAUGUUUGUUACUAUCCUGUACCACUGCACCAAUAAAGGACGAUAUCCAUCCGGAACUUUGCCACGUAGUAAAUAUGUGUCACUGGACCUUCUCAAAUAGGAGUUGAGUACCCCUGCCUUACAUUAUGAUGCUCUGUGUGUCCCCAGAGUCUGUAGAUGGUACCCAGUAUCACUGUAGGAUCUUCCUGAGUUCAAGGACACUGGAGACUGGACAAGAGGGUAACACCAACCAGCCAACAAUGUCUUCCAUUGACCCCUACCAGUACAUUAUUGUGGAGCAGCAGUUCUCUCACAAGUUCAGAGUAACAGUGGUGCGAGCUAAGAAUGUCACUAAGGGAGCACUGGGUGACCUGUUGGACACUCCUGACCCCUAUGUGGAGCUGUUCAUUCCCACCACCCCUGAGAGCAGGAAACGAACAAGGCACAUAGACAACGACAUCCACCCAGAAUGGAAUGAGACCUUUGACUUCAUACUGGACCCAAACCAGGACAAUGUUCUAGAGAUAACAUUAAUGGACGCCAAUUACGUGAUGGACGAGAAGCUUGGGUCUGCAUCGUACAACAUCUCCAAGAUGUUGAAAACUGGCCACACAGAGACGGUGCCUUUCCUCAUCGGCAAAGCAACCAAUGUGUACUUAGAGAUGGCCCUGGAGGUCUGUGCGAACCUGGACCUGCGGUUCAGCCUGACCCUGUGUGACAAGGAGAAACUAUUCAGACGGGCCCGCAGAGAGAGGGUGAUGCUGGGCAUCAAGAAGCUGCUGGACAUGGAAAAGCCCCGCUUCCUCCCCAGCACCCCUCAGGAGGUGCCGGUGAUCGCAAUAGUGGGCUCAGGGGGAGGCUUCAGGGCCAUGGUGGGCUUCUCUGGGGUUAUGAAGGGCCUGUAUGAGUCUGGGGUCCUGGACUGUGCCACCUACAUUGCUGGCCUCUCUGGAUCCACCUGGUACAUGUCGACCCUGUUCUCUCACCCAGAGUUCCCCUCUAAGGGUCCUAAGGAGAUCAACGCGGAGCUGAUGAAAAGAGUGAGCAGUAACCCUCUGAGACUGCUAUUGCCCCAGCACAUCACCAACUACAUCCAGUCUCUGUGGAGCAAGAAGGCCAACGGACAGCCCGUCACCUUCACUGACAUCUUCGGCAUGCUCAUCGGAGAGACACUCAUCCCUGCUAGGAUGGACACAAAGCUGAGUGAGUUGCAGGAGAAGGUGAACGAGGGCCAGUGUCCUCUCCCUCUGUUCACCUGUCUGCACGUCAAACCAGACGUGUCCGAGCUCAUGUUCGCAGACUGGGUGGAGUUCAGCCCGUAUGAGAUUGGAAUGGCAAAGUACGGAACAUUCAUGACCCCUGAUCUUUUUGGAAGCAAGUUCUUCAUGGGAAUCACUGUGAAGCAGUAUGAAGAGAACCCACUACAUUUCCUUAUGGGGGUUUGGGGGAGUGCCUUCUCCAUCCUCUUCAACAGAGUGCUGGGUGUCAAAGACACUGUCGGGGGGAGCACCAUGGAGGAAGAGCUCGAACAGUUAAAGCCUCAACACAUUGUGGGGGAGGACAGACUAGAUAAUGACGAGAGGCCUUGGAAAGGAGGCAAGGAGAACCCAGGGGCGGAAGAUGAGUACGAAACCGCCCAGAACAGCUGGGUCCAGCGAAUGAUCACCUCCCUCUUCAGCGGCGACUCCUUGCUCAACACGCGAGAGGGGCGGGCGGGGAAGGUUCAUAACUUCAUGCUAGGCCUCAACCUCAACACCAACAUGCCCUUCUCUACCUUCGGAGACUUUAUGUACCAGAACUCCUGCGCUUCCUUCGAGGAUGAGGUUGACGCUGUCACAGACCCAGAUGAGUUUGCUGGUAUCUACGAGCCACUGGACGUGAAGAGUAAGAAGAUCCACGUAGUGGACAGUGGUCUGACCUAUAACCUCCCGUACCCCCUCAUCCUGCGCCCGCAGCGUGGCGUCGACCUCAUCAUCUCCUUCGACUUCUCAGCCCGCCCCAGUGACUCCAGUCCGCCCUUCAAGGAGCUGCUGCUGGCUGAGAAGUGGGCCCGGAUGAACAAGCUGCCAUUCCCUAAGAUCGACCCCAAGGUGUUUGACCGCGAGGGCCUGAAAGAGUGCUACAUCUUCAAGCCAAUAAAGGGGGAACGGAACUGCCCCACUGUCAUCCAUUUUGUCCUGGUCAACAUCAACUUCAGGAUGUUCAAAGCCCCUGGAGUGCCUCGUGAAACAGAACAGGAGAAGAAGAUGGCUGACUUUGACAUCUUUGAUGACCCCGAGACACCGUACUCCACGUUUAACUUCCAGUACUCAAACCAGGCCUUCACACAACUCCACGACCUCAUGGAGUUCAAUACGCUCAACAACAUCGAGGUGAUAAAAGAGGCAAUUAAGGAGAGCAUUAUGUACAGGAAGGAGAAUCCCUCACGCUGCUCUGUGUCCCUCUCACUCAACGAGAUCCAGAACAAAAUGUUCCUGAAGCGGGAGAAAGCCCGGAAGUGAGAGCCGGAAUGCUGGCAGAAGCAACGUCAAGCUAUCAGACAAGACUUUGCGAAAUGACAUACAGAACCAGUCAAAAGUUAUUUCUACAUUUUUUAAACUAAAUAACACAUGGAAUCAUGUAGCAACCAAUAAAAACUGUUAAACAAAUGAAGAUAUAUCUAAGAUUCUUCAAAGUAGCCACCCUUUGCCUUGAUGACAGCUUGGCAGACAUGCUCUCGACAUAAAGUAUUUAUUUCAA